AAGUGGGGGUGUGCUUUUACAUGUUUAUUUGAAAUGUUUGUAUGUAUGUAAAACACGUGGGGGAGAAUGAGGUGAGGAGGGAGGGGGCCGAAUAAGAGGGAGGGAAAGAAAGAAAGAAAGCUUGCACGUGUGUUAAGGUCUUGUACUUUCAUUUGGUGGUAGAAGACUUCACAUACCACAGAGCGUCCAAGUAGGUUGCCUUGUGUCGAUGGCAGAAAAACAGAGACAACUAACCUGAAGAAAAAGAAAGAAGCAUGAGAGAACGACAGAUCAUGGCUGACCACACGUCCAUCCAUCCUCCAGAUUCUCUACCCUUCCCUGCCAUGUACCGUUUCCAGCCACAAGGACCAAGAUCAAGCCAUGGCCUUUAUCAGAGCAAUUCUAUGACCAGACUAAGCCAUUAUGGGGACACCAGUAAUCUGUUGUGUGAGCCUGCCGGAAGCUGCGCAACUCCAGGAACCAGCAUGAACGGAGUUGAAGACGAGAUAAACUCAGCAUACUGGGACAUGGAGUCUUCAGUGUCGUCUCAAUCUCUGUUAGUGCACAGAUUCAAAGCCCACUCUGGAGUGUAUGAAGAGGAAUGGAAUUCCAACUCCCAGCAACACGCGACAUUGGACGACUACAGCGGCACCGGAGGAAACCAUCAAAAACUUGACUCAUUUUCUGACGCGUUUUCCAGCCGAAGCAUUUGUAGGAAUAACAGCAUUGCUGCUGGUAAACAUGGAGGAUACAACGGUGCUCCAAAUAACUCGCCUCCCCCACUCCCCACUCUUUCCUUCCCUCUAGUUCUGAGUCCUCCUCCUACACCUCUACCUCCCUCUUCUCUCUCACCUUCCAAACGAGCCCCUCAUCCUCCUGCUGCACAAAUUUUAAACCAGGUGCAGGUGCAGUUGCAGUCACACUCCCCUUCCGAAGGUUCCAUGCGGUUCUUUCCACCACAUUCUUGUACCGGUUCCACCCUUCCUGGGAGUUUCUCUCCUGCACACUGGAUGACGCUUUGCACUGAUGUCGGAGAAAGUGGAGAUAUAACACAGCACCUCCACCAGGAUCCCAGCCCAUCCUCAAUUUACCCAGAUGGAGUGGGGCUUCAUCCGAGACACCUGAAUGCAACGCAAAGAGAUGCAGACUGCUCUCUUGAGAAUUCUCCAUGUUCACCUCUAGCCCACCAUCCUCAAUCACAAUCUGUCCUAAAGCUGGAGCAUGAUCCUGUCACCUCUGAAGAUCACAUAACAUGGUCUCAGUCGCAACCCUUUUGCCCCCCAGUCCAUCCAUCACAUACUCAGAUAGAAGGGCUGAGGGUGGAUGAGGACACAAAGCACAGUUCUGUGCUCCAGAGAACUAAUUUCUUAUGUCUACCCACCUCUCAGAAUUCUGCUUCAGCUAUUUACACUGGACUUCCUUUCCAAAGUGUCCUUCAGUCAGGAGUACUGAGAGAAAAUUACUGGUACUCAACUCACUACACUCCGCCUCCAAUGCUUAAUCCCUGCCGGAGUGGAACCGGACUCUUCUGCAACCUUCUGCCUCCACUGGACAACAGGGGACUGUGGUCAAGGGAAACGGAGCCCAGUGGUCAAGAGAGGUGUGUGAACAUUGGGCCGGAGUUUCAAGCUGAGUUGCCAGAUCUGCUUGAGAGAGGGGAGUAUGAGGAUUGGUUAGAGGAACCACUGCAGGAGGAAUUACUUUGGAAACCAUGGGCAGAGUUAGAGGAGAGUAACGUCAUUCAGGAACAUGUUGAGAAUCUUCUAGAUCUCAGCACUUCUACUGCUCUACCUGGAGGUGGUGCUAAUCUGGAGCUAGCCCUCCAUAGUCUCUCCUUGUGCCGAGGCAACAUAUUGGCUGCAUUGGACAUGAUGUUUUUCUCCAACUCUUCACCUUCAAGAGAUUACCAUUAUGCCGGCAGCGAUGUUUGGCGCUCAAGCGAACAAAAGUUAUUCCACAAAGCAUUUACUCUCUACGGCAAAGACUUUUCCUUCAUUCAAAAAAUGGUGAAGACAAAGCGGAUAUCACAGUGUGUGGAAUUCUAUUAUCAUUGCAAGCGUUUACAGGAGAAACAAAGAAAGCUGAAAGAGAGAGAAAAAGAACAGCAGCAGCAACAGAUGGACUCUGGAACAAAUUUCAAUUCUGCUAACCAGGUUAUGAUGCCAGCCAAGAUAAUGAUGAACUCUAUAAACAUGGACAGGCUUAUUCAUACACCAUCACUGGCUACAAGCUUCCCAUGUAAACAAUGUGGAAAAAUGUUCUACAAGAUCAAAAGCAGAAAUGCCCACAUGAAGAUCCAUCGGCAGCAACAGGAGGACUGGAGGGAGAGAAUCCAUUCGAACAACCACAACAUGACCCAGACCAUGCAGAACCAGAGCCGAACCCUGGCACAUACUAACCAGCUUGUUACCCAGAGCCAUCAAAAUCAGCUCUUAACCCAGAGUCUGAUCCAGAACCUGGUGCAGUCUCAGGCCCAGCUGGCUUUUCUCCAGAAUGCAAAGACUCAGAACUCAUGUUUCACACCUCCAAUAAGUAGUAUGGGCCCUUCACAAAGCCCACAGGUAGCACCCAAAGCCCCAGCACUGCCACUUUAUCCCGGGAACCAACAGACUUGGGGUGCCUUGCACGGUAAUUUGGAAUCCAGCCUCUAUUAUAACUGACUCUAAAGAGCCAGUUUGUGUGUUUAACUUUUGACUGACAGAUCUUUCUAAGAUCUCUUUGGCUUACCAAGAAAAGAGCAAGACUGACAAUGUACUGUACAGCUUCAUUUGUAAAUAAGUAAAAAAUUGUAACAAAAAAAAAAUACUAUUAAAAAACAGGUUACCUACUUUUUCUUUUAUUAA